GACACUUCGGGAGCUUGAAAAUGCAGUUCUAACCGAGAUGUCAGCCAUGAAAGUUCUUAUUGUUUGCUCCAUCGUCGUUACUUUUGCGACUUUUGUCGUGAAUUGUGAAGAAAUUCUGCCAGGAAUUCCCAUCAAUGGGCGUCUGAGAAAAUCACGAGCUUCAUGGUUGGGAAGAGCUGAUCAAACCUGUGGGGGUACCUUUGGAACAAAAUGCAAGGAUUGUCGCACCCUUAUGAAUUGCGUGGGAACUGAUCCUCCAAUCAGCACCUUAAGCUGUGCUGAGAAAGAUCCCAAAAAACCCUAUUGUGUGAACACCGCUUGUUCAGCUACGCCGAAUGACAGGGAUCCCACUUGCAAGGAUUCAGCUCAAUCGGAUUUUCUAUGCACUGGAAUUGGGUACUUUCCUGAUGCCAGCAAAUGCAACAGGUUCUACAUUUGUCCAGAAACUGGAGAAAAUAAGGCAGUUACCUAUGAAUGCCCUAAUAACUAUGUUUACAAGUCCAAGGCUCGUGGCUGUGUAAAGAAACGCGCUGCUGCUGAUUGCUAUGCUGUUGAUUGUUCAAAGACUCCCAAUGAGUUUGGAGUAUACUUGAAGGAUCCUGCUUACUACUACUUCUGCCAGAAGGAUAAAACGACAUCUAGGGCAAUCGUUAUGAAAUGCCCCGAUGAAGACAACAUGCAGUUUGAUCCUAAAGUUGGAUACUGCACAUUCCGCUGUCCCAAGGAGGGUUAUUAUGUGAAUGUUCAGGAUUGCACCAAGUACUACUACUGCUACAUUGUUGGAUCAGCUUUCGAAGUGGCUGAUAUCAAAUGUCCUGAUGGCUUUUCAUUCGAUCCUCGUACACUAAAGUGUAUCAAAACACCUGUACCUUGCACACCGCAGGUAGCUCCUCCGACAACUACUACCCCAAGUCCUCCUUCUACUACUCCAUCAUCCAGUACUGCUCAACCUCCAUCCAGUACUGCUCAACCUCCAUCCAGUACUGCUCAACCUCCAUCCAGUACUGCUCAACCUCCAUCCAGUACUGCUCAACCUCCAUCCAGUACUGCUCAACCUCCAUCCAGUACUGCUCAACCUCCAUCCAGUACUGCUCAACCUCCAUCCAGUACUGCUCAACCUCCAUCCAGUACUGCUCAACCUCCAUCCAGUACUGCUCAACCUCCAUCCAGUACUGCUCAACCUCCAUCCAGUACUGCUCAAUCUCCAUCCAGUACUGCUCAACCUCCAUCCAGUACUGCUUAACCUCCAUCCAGUACUGCUCAACCUCCAUCUAGCAGUGCUCAGCCUCCGUCUAGCAGUGCUCAGCCCCCGUGCAGUAGUGCUCCGCCAUUUAGCAGUGCUCAACCACCGUCAAGCAGCGCUCCUGGAGGUUUCUAAUUCUAUACCAAUAAUUCAGUACGACGAUCUUAGCAAGAGCUGGUUUAUCUUUUCCUAACUUUCCUUCUAAGGACAGCAUAUAGUAGUUUGUGUAUCAGGAGCGUGUUAAGAAUGAUAAAAUCUGUGUAUUGUUCUUAAUAAAUUUGUUCUUAAUUUAGUAAUUAGCAAAAAUAUAUUGCAUUAAUCUAUAAAAAAAGUUUUUUUUUUGAUUAUUAUAAAAC